ACCGAAACUUCACAGCUCUGAUCGCAUUAAUGAGCUUAUUGGGAUGCAAUGUACCCGUAGCUUUGUCAUCAUCAGAAACAGAGAACAGAUUUGUUAUUCAUUCUAGUAUUGCCUUACGAACGUACUGUACCUCACUACCGAACAGAAACGACGACAGACGCGAAUUCGAUCCGAUCUAUCCCUCGACAGUCACCGUCGAUCGACUUUACGACUUUCAACUUCCCCUGACACGCCUAGAUUCAGCAUCAUGCAAUAUCCAUGAUAUAGCCCACGAUGUGGUUGCCGACGCCUUCCGUCGAGAGUAUUACCCGGCCGCGACUGGCUGUGGCCGUAGUUUCUGCUGUGGCCGCGCUCUCGGCCGGAUACUACGCAUAUCAGGUCCGGUCGCAAAGUUUCGAGUCUCUGCCUGGUGGUGGUCUACACAGAAGCAACGCAGUACGACGUCAACGCCGGAAUCGGAGAAACGAGGAUGGCUCAAGUUCCUCAUCCGAGGCCCCAGGUGACGAAAACGCCAAUAUUGAUCCAGUUCAGCCCCUUGGCGAUGGAGAGACCAUAGUUGAUGGCGGGGACGAGUGGUGGAACGAUCCCAGCGGUUUUCCUUCUAAUCAACGAACUGGCCACAACAUCGUCACCCUUCUCUUUCGCGUUUCAGAGGACAAUGCACGCAGAAAUGGAUGCGUUCACAGAGGCUGCCAAUGCAAUUCAUGUGGCAUGGUUCCCAUCCGCGGGGUUCGUUACCGCUGCGCAAACUGUGCCGACUUUGAUCUUUGCGAAACUUGCGAAGCCCAGGGAGUUCACAUCAAGACUCAUAUCUUUUACAAAAUCCGAAUCCCAGCACCGCCGUUUGGUCCGCGACAAAUGCAGCAAGUUUGGUAUACCGGGGACCCAGACACUUGCCGACGGACUCUGCCUCGCAGUUUGAUACCCAAGCUGUCACAAGAUACAGGAUUCGAACGGCCAGAGUUAGAGGCUUUCUGGGAACAAUGGACUUUUAUGGCUAACUCGGAAUGGAGAGAUGACCCCGAUGAGCUGUGUGUUGCAAUGGAUCGGAAGACGUUCGAGCGGUGCCUUGUUCCUACAGGAGGCUCCCGACAUGCGGCACCAAACCUUAUCCACGAUCGAAUGUUCUCUUUUUACGACUCUAACAACGAUGACUUGAUUGGCUUCACAGAAUUUCUCCAUGGAUUAUCAUACAGAAAGCGAAAGGAUAAACUGCGGAAGAUAUUCUCUGGCUAUGAUCUGGAUGGCGAUGGGUAUGUUGAUCGCAAAGACUUCUUGCGCAUGUUCCGCGCGUAUUAUGUUCUAUACAAGCAGAUGCACAAAGAUAUCUUAGACGGCCUUCAGGAUCAGCUACUCGCCAGCAGCGAAGCUCAACAGCUCGUCACCAGUCGUCAACCACUGAGCAGUCUGUUCGGACGCGAGGGUCGAGUCCCUCCUGGUGAAGGACAAUUCCGGCACGAGGGCAAGACAUAUCAACGAGAUGGCAGUGUGGAUAUUUCUGAAGGGCAUGAGCACGUUGUUGCGCCAGAUCGCGGGGAUACAGCAGCCCGCGGCGAUAUUCUAACGAACUUGUUUGCCUGUGAAACUGAUCAUCGAUUCCGGUCCAGAAGGCAGUUCAUUACCAGAAACGAUACAGAUAGCAACUGGAGAACAGUUCGCCGUUUGAGUGGGAGUGAGACCGAUCGUACUUAUUGGGUUACGCUAUUGGAACCGGCAUCCACCUUGGAGGAGCUUCCAGGCCUCAUAAUGGAGACUUUGAAUCCUGAGAUUGAGGAGCCUACAGAUGAUGAGGAUGAUGAGGUUGAUGGUGACAGACCUGCAGAUGGCCUGAACGGGACCCAUGAUGAGGAAAAUGAGACUGGAGGUCCUUCACGAACGGAAAGUGAGAUCAGAGCCGAGACCAUUGCUAAGGAUCGCAGCAGGGCCCCUAGACUGGAUAAACGUAAAAGAGACAUGGCACGGAAUCAGCUACAUGAGCGAUGGAAGAGGCGGCAGUUUUAUCUCGACGAGGAAGAAGGAGGCCUUGCCCCUGAUGACUGGGCAGGCAGUGAAGAUAUUCUGAUGGAUCUUCGCCAGAUGGAUGAAGCCUCUAGCGACGACGAAGAAAACGACUCUACGACGACACCGACUAGUUCAAAGGUCAGAUUUGCCAACGGAAAUCUCACUGAUGACGAAGACCAUGAUAAAACGACAUCUCCUAGCAGUGCCUCUGAGCACGCCCCGCGAUGGAGAAUACCUCACGCCGAGCGCGAUGCUGGCAAGGAGAUCCUCUACCAGGUCACUCAGCAAGCAUUUAAUGAGUUGCUUGAUACCAUUUUUAAGCCGGCUGAGGAUCUUGCUGUGCAGGCAGCUGAAACCAAAGAACAACGGGCAAAGUACAAGGACGUACUAGACACCAUCGAGCCUAGCGAUGAUGAUAAGUCUAAGGCUACAAGUCAGGGUGACUCCAAGGUUAGAUCCGCCGCUGAUAAGACCCUUGAGGAGCUCUUGUCCGAAACUGGAUAUACUAUCGCCUUACCAGAGGGACGAAAUGCCAUCGAGAUUGAUACUACGGUUGAAAUCAUCCAUGAGGAUGGAACGGCAGAGCCCGUUUCAGGGUCAGAAACCGAGGCAACCAUGCCAAUUUCUGAAGACGAAGAACAGGAUCCCACUCUUCCACAAUUCCGGCCCAACACACUCGAAGAUGUACCUACCUCUCCGGCUUACGUAUUCUACCCCAUUACGCAGCCUUUACCAAACACGUCCGAGGACGACGUACCCAAAGAAGAGGAUGACAUCGAUAGCGCUCCCACAUCAGACAUGCUGCGACACUGGAAACGCCUAAGUCUUGCUGAGGCCCAGGCGAUCAAAAGAGGAGGGUGGGGUAAACUAAGCUUUGACGAGUUUGAGACCAUCUAUAAGAGCCAGGAGCAUCAGGGCAACAGACUCGAUUAUCUCGGAAGCUGGAUAGACUUUUGUAUACCUUAAGCACGGCAUUGAAACCGCUUUCGAACGCGUCCUGCCAGGGCUCCACAGUAAAUGUGUGCCAGGGUUGGUGUUCAUCCUUUACAUUCGGGGUAGUUUGGGGAGAUUCUGCAUAGCAUCUGAAAGCUUUUAUGUGACAUAGUGAAAGGAAGGGAAUUGGCACAUAUCUAGCGUAGGACAGUGUGCGUAUGAUAGCGAGUAGGCAUGAUAUUUGCUACCACUAUGCCUAAUGUUGCAUGACUGCUCGUUUGCAGCAGAUACAAUAUCAUUUUUAAAAUCACACAACAAAAUAACACAUACAAUAGAUCAAGCAUAAUUAUUAGCAA